GGGAAAAGUUUAUUUAUUUGAUAAAGUAUUUAAACCAAACGCCUCUCAAGAAAAAGUUUAUAAUGAAACUGCAAAAAGUAUUGUCGGAGAUGUCCUCUCCGGGUUUAACGGAACAAUAUUUGCAUAUGGACAAACCUCUUCGGGUAAAACACAUACCAUGGAAGGUGUUUUAGGUGAUCCACUAAAACAAGGUAUUAUCCCAAGAAUAGUUAAUGAUAUAUUCGGCCAUAUUUAUGGUAUGGAAGAAAACCUUGAAUUCCAUAUCAAACUGUCAUAUUAUGAAAUUUACAUGGACAAAAUUAGAGAUUUGCUGGAUGUUUCAAAGGUGAAUUUGAGCGUCCAUGAAGACAAAAAUAGGAUCCCGUAUGUGAAAGGUGCUACGGAAAGAUUUGUUUCGAGUCCUGAGGAAGUAUUUGAGGCUAUAGAAGAAGGGAAAUCCAAUAGGCAUAUAGCAGUAACAAAUAUGAAUGAACAUUCGUCUAGGUCACAUUCUGUAUUUUUAAUCAACGUUAAGCAAGAAAACUUAGAAAAUCAGAAGAAAAUGUCUGGAAAGUUAUAUCUAGUGGACUUGGCAGGAUCUGAAAAAGUCUCGAAAACUGGAGCAGAAGGUACCGUGUUAGAUGAAGCUAAAAACAUCAACAAAUCUUUAUCAGCGUUAGGUAAUGUCAUUAGUGCUUUGGCAGAUGGCAACAAAUCACAUAUUCCCUACAGAGAUUCUAAACUGACACGUAUCCUUCAAGAAUCAUUGGGAGGUAAUGCAAGAACGACUAUCGUUAUCUGCUGUUCACCAGCUAGUUUCAACGAAUCUGAAACUAAAUCUACCCUGGACUUUGGUAAAAGGGCUAAGACUGUUAAAAAUGUGGUCUGUGUCAAUGAGGAACUCACCGCAGAAGAAUGGAAACGCAGGUAUGAAAAAGAAAAGGAGAAAGUGGCUAGACUUAAAGGCAAAGUGGAAAAAUUGGAGGAAGAGCUUAGCAGGUGGCGAAGUGGCGAGACUGUUUCGGCUGAUGAACAGAUCAACCUUAACGAAUUAUCGGAUGCAGCCACCCCUGUUUCCGGUAUGGAGGAGAGUAUUAUUGCAGAACAACCGGCUGGUCCAUUACCUGCAACUCCAGCUCUGAUGAUUGGUUCUACUUUGGGCAUUGAAGAGAGAACUAGAUUAGAAUCGGAAAGAGAGAGGCUCUAUCAGCUUCUAGAUGAGAAAGAUGAGGAAAUCAAUCAACAGAGUCAACAUGUUGAAAAACUCAAAGAACAAAUGUUAGAGCAAGACGAACUCAUCGCUAGCACUCGCAGAGAUUUUGAAGCUCUACAAGCUGAAAUGAAUAGACUACAGCAAGAAAAUGAGAGCGCCAAGGAAGAAGUUAAAGACGUAUUACAGGCUCUUGAAGAAUUGGCUGUUAAUUAUGAUCAGAAGAGUCAGGAAGUAGAUUCGAAAAACAAAGAAGUGGAAUCUCUUUCGGAAGAACUUAUGCAGAAACAAGCGAGUCUCAACACAACCACAACCGAACUCCAACAAUCACGUGACAUGAACAACCACCAGAAGAAGAGAAUCGCAGAGAUGUUGAGUAGUUUGCUCAAGGAACUUGGUGAAAUUGGAUCAACCUUGGUUGGAGAAGGUCAAGAUGUUAAAAUCUCCAAUGAUGCUGCAAAAUUAGAGGAAGAGUUUACAGUUGCUCGUCUGUACAUCUCUAGGAUGAAAAGUGAAGUCACCAGCCUCACACAAAGGAUCCAGGAAAUUGAAAAUAAGGAACAGGACAGCAACAAGAAAGUAACAGAAUAUGAGAAAGAGUUGGCCGAAAGUAGGUUGCUAAUAUCUCAACAUGAAGCUAGAAUGAAAAGUUUACAAGAAUCGAUGAGGGAAUUGGAGAACAAGAAGAGAAUAUUGGAGGAGAGUAGUGAUGCUCUUAGAGAAGAGUGUGCAAAGUUACGGGCAGCUGAACAGGUGCAAAGUGCAAGUGAGAGUGAAAAGAAAGAGGCUAAUGAACUUCGUCUAGCACUUGAACAGCAAAUGGACCAAUUACGAGUGGUUCAUCAAAAGCAAGUGGCAGCUCUUCGAGAUGAAAUUGCCGAAAAACAGUCACUCAUCAAUGAUAUCAAAGACUCCAACCAAAAGCUCACUUUAGCCCAGCAGCAAUUGCAGGCUGACUACGAGAAAAUCAAAAUGGAUGAAACAGAAAAGACCCAUAAACUGCAAGAACUCAUCACUACUAACGAGAGACGAGAACAGGCUAGGAAGGAUCUUAAAGGUCUAGAAGACACCGUCGCUAAAGAGCUGCAAACCCUCCACAACCUCAGAAAACUGUUUGUACAAGAUUUGCAGGCUCGUAUGAAGAAAAACCUGUCAUCAGAAGACAACGAAGAGGAUGGUGGAUCACUAGCUCAGAAACAGAAGAUAUCCUUCCUAGAAAAUAACCUAGAUCAGCUGACAAAAGUCCAUAAACAGUUGGUGAGAGAUAAUGCUGAUUUACGAUGUGAAUUACCCAAGCUAGAGAAACGUUUGAGAGCAACGAUGGAGAGAGUAAAGGCUUUGGAAACUGCACUUAAGGAAGCCAAAGAAGGUGCUAUGAGAGACCGCAAGAGGUAUGUUUGUUUUAAAAGCAUGAUAUAUACUUUAGAUGAAGUAAAAUCUGAUACACGGAAAGGUUGA